CUUCGCAGCGAUCUCGAUCGAGCCGAGUUUCCCGAGGAUCGGAGUUGCCUCGCUUUUCUCGCCGUGAAUCUCACGACAUUCCGGGAUGACGCAGAUGCUGAUGCAGGAACCCGGCUGGAAGCUGGAGCGCAAAGGCUCGGCGUUGCUGCUGCGCCGGGACAGCUCACACCCGAAGAGCAGCACCGCUCGUGUUUGCUUCCGUUGCGAGGUCGACGUGUACGAGUACGAGCGUGACGAGGAGUACUGGUCGGUCGAGACGGAAACCGAACCGGCCGCUAGUCCGUUGGCGAUGUGCGCCAGUUGCCUGGCGGCCCUCUGCGUCACCAUGUUCUUGCCGUGGUUACUCAUCGGUGGUUAGACCGUUCCCCUCUCACCGCCCUGGUCGAAGAGAGUUCCCUUGAUAACAACGCCAUCGCUUCGACUUGCUUUUAACCACCGAGGAUGGCCCUGCCUGUCGAUCGUCGCGUCCAGGUCGUCCCCGAUAAUCACACAGGAUAUAUCCAGCGGUUGCAACGACGGUUGUAACGUUAAUCCCCCCCCCGAUUCGUUCGAUGAUGUCACCGACAGCUCUUCGGACGUGUCCACCUGACCGUUAAGAUCUUCCCUCGCCAAUCGUGGACAGCGAGGGUACCCUCGGUCACUCUUCCGAUCAGAAACGACAGCUCAGUCGCUCGUUCGUCGUACGCCCCUGCUCCCGUCGCUCGAUGAAAGCGACGAGAUUGCCGCGGCUUUUGUUCGACCGGUAGAUCGCUGUAUGGGACGGAGAUGGACGACAGUUAGCGGAACGUAUGUCGGUCGUACCAGGAUCGUCGAUUGCGCGCGCGGUGUCCAAUCGAUAUGGCGAUCCAGAAGACGCGGUUCGCACGCCUCAUCGAUUCCACAGCGUGCCAGAGAUUUCGACGGGAUUUAUGGCGGAGCGGCGCUCGGGGAAUCCGAUGCGUACAUAUCGAGGAGCGUUCCCCGAUUCGACGGGUGCGGUGGGUGUGGUAUUUUUAACAGUGACGAUCGGAAAUUCGAAACGCGCUGGAAGGAGCAUCGAAGUCGCGUGCGCGCAUAUCUUGUGAAAGUGAAUUGGCGGGGCGUGGUAAACGGGACGACGAUGUUUUAAGAUGCCUGGAUGUGGAACGCGCGGGAUUCCUCGAAAUUCACAAUCGACUUCACGAAUACCGAUGAUGUUCGACUGAUUUUUUUUUUAAUCGUAUCGUAACGUAGCGCGAGAUACAACCGUUUGCAAACCACACGCCGAUCCUGCAAUGGAGAUGUGAGAUGCAACGUUUUACUGUACUUUACGCUGAAUGUUGCAUAAACUAAAUUUUUUAAAAAUUUUGUAUAUAAGUUUUAGAGGAAUGAAACAAAAGGCUGAAUAAAAAAAUAUCUAGA